AAAUUUUAAAAAAAAUAGAUAAAUACUUUUUCCUCAAAAAAUUUUCGACUUUUUUUUUUCUUUUUUUUUUCUAUAUUCAUUAAACAUGACUGUAAAGUCUCCCUUUUAUAAUAAACCAUCAACGUCAACUAGCGUUGAUUCAUGCCACAAAUGCCCGUUAAUACAACCUUUACCUCAGUUGUCCCAGAACAAUGAUGUGAUGAAUUCUAUGCAACAAGCCCAGAAUCAGUUAUCUGGCUUCGAACAGUCAAAGGUCUCUUCCCCUUCCACCAAUAAUUCCGUUAUUGAGCCGAGCAACUCCAGUGUUGCGAAAUCGGACAUUGGAAGUGCGGUUGUUACCUCGUGUUCGAACUGUGGUACCACUACCACCCCUUUAUGGCGAAGAUCUCCUGUUGGAGAAACUAUCUGUAAUGCCUGCGGACUUUACUACAAGGCCCGUAAUACAACUCGUCCUGUUUGGCUAAAGAGAAAUUCUUAUAAGCGUCCUAAGACAAAUGCUAGUCCUAUUGCUCUCGCCCCUCGUAUCUCUCCUGCACCUCUUUUAGCCCCUGCUCCUCCUGCUCCUCCAGCUUUGGUCGUUAUUCAACAGCAACAGCAACCACAACCAUCAUCCUUGAUUGAGAAAGAAGAUCAAACAAACAAUGAAGAUCCUUCAUCUCUUAUUUGUGCCAAUUGUCAAACAACAACUACACCUUUAUGGAGACGCGAUGAAUCAGGCCAACCUAUUUGUAAUGCUUGUGGACUUUACUUCAAAUUACACAGUGUUCACAGACCUAUCACCAUGAAACGUUCUACCAUCAAGCGCCGCAAAAGAGUGACUGCUGCUACUAUGGUGACCCAUAAACCUGUCGUCAUUCAUCGUCAAUCUACACUUGAAUCUUGUGGCACCAAACGCGGUUUAGUCGAUGGCGCUCCACAAGAACCACCAGCCAAACGCAUGGAUCACCAUUUGCGUCCGUUAUUGCCCACACCUACGAUUGAGCGUCCUCCUUCACCUGUCUCUAGAAGAUCAUCGCCUGAUCCUAUUGAGCCUGAUGUAUUCCAACAUGCUCGUUACCUUCCUUCUCCUCCUAUGCGCCCCAUCAAGAACAAUAUUGCUUGCUUGUUGAACCCUGAAAUGGACCGUCAAGACAGAAGUCUUCCUAGUUUACCUUCUCCUCCCCUUGUUCCUCAUGAUGAAAUGCUUCCACCCCUUUCUCCCAAGAAGAAUGCUGCUGCUUUUAGUGCCUUUCUCCACCCAAACCAUGGACCUAACCAUACUCAACAAGUACUUGAAGCUCAUCGUAUUGAAUUAAAGCGUGAAGUCACUAACCUCACUUCUCUCUUGAGUCGCACAACUGCUAUGCUUCAAAAUAUUGACCAAGUUAUGGCUGUAGCCAAUAACAACCACUCAUAGUUCAUUAUCUUAUCUUUUAUACUGCUUAUCAUUCUAAAUAAAUACAACUUGCAUGUGAAACCAUGUGAAAGCCUAAAAGCGA